GAAUGUUUUAUUACAGGUACAUGUACCAUCAUUUGAUGGCCUACAUUCAGAUGUAAACAAUGAUGUGUAUAUAUUUAUCAAUGUAAACUACGUUGAUAACCUACAUGUAUGAUACAUACUGUACAUUGACCUACAUGUAGAGAUACUGUCCCGUCACAAUUGGUCCUAAGUAUAGUAGCACUCAGAUUGUUGACAACAUCACCUGUAUUUCUAAGACAUUGAUGAAACGUCGUAAAUUUGUCUUAAUAAGGACCUGAUGCAGUUUUACAUGUAUAUAACAUUUAGGAUGUGUGAUAUCUCUUUUUGGAAUUAUAUGUAUGUGUGAAAACAGUGAUUUAAAAGUAUAGAGAACAAUGAAUUCUAGCUGUGUAUACCGGUAUAUUGAACUGAUGUAAAGGUCAGCAGAGAUGGAGUGGUGCACUGUGAGGAAGCAGUACUGUGGGUUGGGCCUGGGUCUGCUGAUGCUGGCAGUGGGUGUGGCACUCAUCCCCAUCGUGGACUACAUCAUCAAGAGGGAAGUGGAAAAGACUGUAAUUCUGAAGGAGGGGAAUUUGAUGUACAACACUUGGAGAGACCUUCCCAUCCCUAUCUACAUGCAGUUCUAUAUGUUCGACUGUCUAAAUCCAGAAGAAGUCCUUAAUGGAGCAAAGCCGUAUGUUGUAGAAAAAGGCCCAUACACUUACAUAGAAAAAAGAAUAAAGUAUGACAUCAUCCACAACAGUAAUGGUACUGUGACGUACAAACAGAACAGAACCUUCCAUUUUGUGGAGAAACUGUCAGUGGGCUCAGAGAGUGACCGGUUUACCACACCGAACCCUGUCUACUGGAGUCUUGUCAGUGCCUUGAGAUAUGAGAACAAGGACAUCAACUGGCUGAUCAACUUACUGACAACCUUCAAACAGGAGUAUGUGUUUAUGAACCGGACAGUCAAGGAGAUUCUGUGGGGCUACCAGGACCCAGCCCUUCAUUUUGCCAAAGCAUAUGAUCCUGAGUGGUUUUACACAGAUAUUGCUGGCUAUUUCAUCAAUAAAAAUGCCACCAAUGAUGGAGUGUAUACAAUUUUCACUGGUGAGACAGACAUCACAAAACUUGGGCACAUUGAUCAAUAUAAUGGAUCCAGAUAUCUAAAUUUUUGGACAACAAAAUGGGCCAACAUGAUAAAUGGAACAGAUGCCACUGUAAAUCCCCCUUUUGCCAAGAAGUCCCGUGUGUCCUAUGCAUUUGCUUCAGAUGUUUGCAGAUCCAUAAAAGGGGUGUUUGCUGAGGAGGUCACAGAUUCGCAUGGCUUCACACUGUGGAGGUACACUUCCCCUGAUUCCUAUGUAGCCAAUGCUACAGUCAACCCUGACAACAUUGGCUUCUGUACCCCCAACUGUCUGGACAAAGGACUCUUCAAUAUGAGCAACUGUCAGAUAAUUGACUUCUUCCACAUCCCAGUAGCCAUUUCCCUGCCUCAUUUUUACCUUGGAGCCGAGAGGUACCAAAAAGCUGUAAUAGGGAUGAGGCCCAAUAAAGAGGAGCACCAAACAAUUAUAGAUGCAGAGCCAACAAUUGGCUGGGUGCUUAGGGCAGCCAAGAGACUUCAGAUCAACCUGUACAUUCAACCUAUCAAAGGAUUCGAACUGACCACCAAAAUCACACCAGUUUUUCUACCAGUGUUAUGGCUAAAUGAGAGUGCGGUGAUUGAUGAGAAGAAUGCUCAGAUGCUACAGAACAUGUUGUUUACCCCGCUCAAAGUGGUACACAUGGUGGAGAUUGUCCUCAUAACCGCGGGGUCUGUUCUCCUAGUGGCGACAAUAGCUUACAUCAUUUAUGCAUGGCAGCGAAGAAAAACAGAAAUAAUGAAAGAAGCUGAGACUUCUUCUGUUAAUGACACCAAUCAACUGCUGUCUAAUGGAAUGUCAUAGCAACAACAAGAAUCCCAGACUCUUGUUCACUCUAUUCAAAUUCCGCCUCACCCCCUCAUACUCUCUCCUCCACUUCACCCACCCUCAGUGGGUUGCGUUAAGUAUUUGAGUGAUAUAGAAUUUGAUUCCCUGUACUUAGAUUAUUAUAUCACAGUUUGUUGUCAGAAAAUAUUCAGCAAACAAACAAAAAAGACGUUGAUUAUAUGUGUACAUUUUUCAACUGAUUUUGAAUAGAAUUGAAUAAUAAUGAAUUUUCCAAAGUAUAAAAUAUAAAUAUUUUCUCAAAUGUUCAAAUGCAAUGUUGUGCUUAGCUGCUUCCUAAGUGGUUUGUAUAA